GAGAAGUUGCUCAACAGGAAACACAGACGCAAGCAAACAUUUCACAUGUUAAUCUGUCCGUCCGUCUACCUAGCUAUUAUAUUCAUUGGAGCACCAUCUCAACACCAUGUCUCUCCUUUUAGGGUUUGGAUUGCUGACCUGCAUAGCAUCAUCAGAGUCCAGCUCUGUGUUUGUGCUGAAGGGACAGGAUGUUCGUCUGGAUGUCCAGGAAAAUUUUCAACUGAAAGAGAUGGAGAUUUUUAAGUGGAUCUUCGGAUCAGCCAAUAUCGUAAGAUGCAUUGACACAUUGUCAGUGAGAGUGUCUCCUGAGUACAACAACAGGGUUGAGUUUUAUAAGGUAAACUUCUCUCUGCUACUGAAGAACKUACAGGAAGGAGACAGUGGACCUUAUACUGCAGUAGUGAGUGGUGACAAAGAAAAUACUAUUAUUGUACACCAGGUAAUUCUCCAAGAGAGAGAUGAGCCUCCAGUCCUGACAGUGGACUCUAACUCCAACAUCAAUGGCAUCUGUAACGUGACUGUGACCUGCAGAGGCCAGAACACCUCUGUCACCUCCCGCUGUAACAACAGCACCUGCUCUCAGGUGGGAGGAGAGAGUAGAGGGGCUGAGACCUCCACUGUCCCCCUGCUCUCUGUCUAUGUGGCAGGGGGUUUCAUCAUCUGUAACCACAGCAACCAAGUCAGCUGGGCCAACGACACCAAAGAGAUAGUGGAACUCUGUCCAAUGAAAUCUGAACAAGGCGAGAAGGCGAACUACAACUAUGCUCUCACAGUCGGGACACCUGUCUGCGUAGUUGGAUUCAUUGCCCUGAUUGGUUUGGUUAUUUGUCGAAAGCAAAACAAACUGUCUCCACCUGCUGGUAGCAUGUCUGUGUGCAUGCUGAAGAUCAUCCUGGUGUCUGUGGGGCUGGUCAUCAUGAUCUCUGCUGUCAUCACUGUCCACAUCAGAGACAGAUUCCACUAUGGAUAGAAUCAUGMGUAUUGUAUUUUUUUCUACCUCAGACAAAGUGAUUCCAGCUCUGUGUGACAGUAAGACUAGGUGCUACAUAACAAAACUUAACAUAACGUAAUAUAGCAUAGCAUAACAUGGCGUGACAUAAUAUAGCAUAACGUGACAUAGCACAGCACACAGUAUCACAUGUUUUUGGGCCAUUUGUUUCUUUUUAAUACCCAGUACGAUGAAAUCAAAUCAAAUGUGUCACAUGCUUGGUAAACAACAGACUAACAGUGAAAUGUCUACUGACGGGCCCUUUUCAACAAUGCAGUUAAAGAUGAAGAUACAAAACUGAAAAUAGAAAUCGUGACAAGCUUUAAAUAUUGGAACAGAAUGACAUUGCACAUCUCACUGUUUAUUUUAUUUUAUUUUUUUCUCUUUUUUUUAUAGGGGUGGAUCAGCUUAAUAUUGCA